GUGAGGAGCAUCCCGGGGGCAGCCCCGUGAUGGACGGGGAUGGAGCCGAGCGCGGCUCUCGCCCCCCCCGGGGUGUCUCUGUGGAGCGGCCGUCGAAGACCCCCCCCCUCUAUGCCCACCCUCCCGCCGCCAUUUUGUCUCCGCGGCCUCCCCCCGCUAGGGGGCGCCCGCGGGCGGGAGGAAGGCGGUGGUGUGGGGGGAGGGAGCAGGGGGAGCUCAGCCAAUCAGCUGGCGGCUUUUCGGCGGGAAGCACGGAGCGGCCGGAAGUUCGGCUCUCCAUCUUCCGGCGGGCGGCCGGGCGCCAUGUUGGAGGCGGAGCGGCCGCUGCGGCUGCUGGCGCUGCACGGCUACCGCCAGAGCGGGCGCCGCUUCCACCAGCGCACCGGGGCUCUACGCAAAGCCCUGAGGGGCCGCGCCGAGCUCGUGACCUUCGACGCCCCUCACCUGGUGCCGGGAGGCGGCGAGGAAGACGACGGUGAUGGCGGCGACCCCCCCCGCGGCUGGUGGUUCUCCAGGCCCGGCGCCUUUGAGGCGGCUGAGGCGGCUGAGGAGCCCGCGGGGCUGACUGAGGCGCUGAGAGCCGUGGAGGAGGCGCUGGAGAAGCUGGGGCCUUUCGACGGGCUGCUGGGCUUCAGCCAAGGCGCGGCGCUGGCCGCUAUGGUGUGCGCCUUGAGGGCCCGGGGCGACCCCCGCUUCCCCGUGGCUUUCGCCGUGCUGGUGGCCGGCUUCGUCAGCCGCUCCCCGGCCCACGGCCACUUCUACCGGGAGCCCAUCGCCCUGCCCACGCUGCACGUGGUGGGAGAGGCCGACGCCGUCAUCGCCGCCCCUCUCAGCAUGGAGCUGGCGCGGAGCUUCGUGGAGCCCGUCGUCCUCACACACCCCGGCGGACACUUCGUCCCCGUGGGUGCGCCGCAGAAGAAAGCCUACCUGGACUUCUUGGGGCGAUUCCGUGCGGGGCAGGGGGAGGCUGAGAUGCCAGGGGCUGGAGCUGUGUGAUGGCAGCGCCUGGGAAUAAACGGGGCUGCAGCAGGGUGCACGCAGCUCGCUGUAUUUCCCCGUGCUCCAUAGGGGUUAGAGGGGUCCUCGCCACCUCUCCUGUGCUCAUAUCGCGAAAGGAGCACGGUGUCGGCUCUUCGUUACCCCCCUUUUGUCACUCUUGGCUAUGGUGACGCGGAGGUUGAGGACACGAGGGGGUCUGGGUGUGUACCGGGGGGCUCUCCGGGUUGGGAACGGCCGCUCCGAAACCCAGCCUCAGCUCAGCCAAAGGAAUCGAGCGGCUGCAGAGCACGCGGCCCUGGUGGCUUUAUAUUCCAAGCAGUUUGUGUUCUGAACGUCCCGUGCAAAAGAUGUUAAAGCAGCUUUCAGGUGGGCUGGGUGUGGAUAAAGCUCCUCUCUGGCAGCGCAGGGGCUGGUGAGCGUUUGCCUCGUUGGAAUUAAAGUUCAGUGCUGGUUCAGCUGGUGUGA